AAAGUGUUUUCAUCCGUAGAGGUGCUUAAGCAUUCAAUAACUGCCAUUAUUCUUUCAAGCUGCAGCUUAAAACUCGCAGGUAAGGGUACAAGUCAGUGUCAAAUCCUUAUUUAGUUUUUGCCUUUCGAAAAUACAUGUGCGCCACGUACCACCUAUAUAUUGUGCUUUGAAUUGUUAUAUUGACAUAAAUCUCAUCACAACACUGAGUUUGGUAACAUUUCAAAACAGGAUUUCCAUUUCUCUGUUAAAAAUAAGUCGACUUUAGCGUAGAGCCAAGUUUUGCGUAUCCUCAUGCUUUUUCACGUGCGCAAUUCCCCAGUGGUGAAAGCGCGAUCGCAACAAGUACGUCACACUUAGUAUGUUUAUUAGUGAUGUCUCGGAACCUUAUGGAACUUUAAGAAAGGCUAUUCUUAGGCGUGAAGAUCCAACUGGCCGACAAGAGUUAGACCAACUAUUCAACAGCGCCGAUCUACAACAUGACUCAGCAACAGACAUGUUACUACGAAUGCGAAAAGUCAUUGGUCAAGGGAUCUUCGACGAGGGUCUGUUUAAACGGCUUUUCAUGUCUGUUUCCCCAACAAGUGCAGGUAGUGCUUGUCUUAUUCCGGAACAACACUGCGAACAAACUGGCUGCAUUUGUCGACCGGAUUACAGAAAUCACCAGAACCCAUUAUCGCCGAGGUUUAUCCUGUCAAAUAAAAGCUUCAAACAACGUCACAGAUAUGUCACAUUCUGACUCGU